AUGUCACGACAUCCACGAGACCGAGACCGGGAAUAUCGAGUGGCUGACCGCUACGAAGAGAGAGAAAGCGACUUCUACCGCCGACCACGACAUGAACGAGACUAUGACGACCUAGAAGUAGACAUGACCCGGUCGAGCUACCCUGAGCCGCAACGAGACUCACGAAGAGCAGAAACGGUGGUGAAGGAGAGAGACACGGUCGUGAGCGAUCGCCGCACUGAGCGCGGCCCACGGGUACCAGACUUCCUGCGAGAAGACUAUGCCAAGCAAUCUAACGCUGGCCAGCUGGUCGUGCGACGAGAUGACAGCAGCGAGGACGACUACGUCAGUCGUGCGCCGUCCAGACGAUCUCGUGCUCCGACUGAACGACCAGCCGAGAAGGAAGAGAUCAUGUUCAGAGAAGAACGAUCAGCAGCACCUUUGCCGUACCCGCGCAGCCAGAAGAGUGAAGUCCAUUACAAGGACGACGAAGAGAAAAGUAUAGUCUACAGGGAGCGCCCUCGGUCCAGGGCGCCACCACGUGAGGAACGAGACGAGAUCGACAUCAAGAUCCAUCGUGAGGAGAGUCGCGCACCUCCUCCACCACGAAGUGAGGCGCCAGUUGAGGAGAUUCGCUUCAGGCGUGGCGGAGGAGAUCGACCCGCCCCACCAAGGAGCACAGUCGAGAAGACUGAGAUCGACAUCACCGAGCGUGAGAGAAGUGCAGCGCCACCUCCAUCUCGAGCUCGCACGGUCAUCGAUCGAGAGGAAGUUGACAUUCGCGAAUCACCACGGUCGCCAGCUCCGCCGCCACUACGCAAAGUCGAGCGGGAGGAAUUUGAGUUCCGUGAGCGAGAAGUGCGGUCACCGCCUGGUCGCGGCCGAGACUUCUCUAGGGAAGAGAUUGACAUCAACAUUCGCGAGCAGAGCAGAGGUCCAGCUCCUCGCCACAGGUCACAAAGUCGGGGAGUCUUGGUUGGCAGGAAGUCAGAAGAGUGGAUCGUGCGUAGACCGCGAACGCCGCCUCCACGAGAGUACGAAAAAGAAGAGAUUAUUAUCAGACGAAAGGAGCGAACCCCAUCACCUUCGCCACCUCCUCCACCGCCGACUUACGAGAAGGAGGAAAUUAUCAUUCGACGCAAGGCGAGGACUCCUACACCAGAGCCGCCACCACGUGAGCCAACUCCAGAACCCGAGCCAGAACCUUCACCUCCUCCACCGCCUGCGCUUGAGCCAAUCUACCGACCACCGAUCAUUCAAGAAGUCAUCACGCAUCACAGACACAUCGACCACGGUGUUGAGCGUGCGCGAUCACCGACUCCCCCACCUCCAGCUCCUCCAAGUCCACCGCCAGCACCGCCAAAGGAGGAGACCAGAGAAGAAGAUCUUGAAAUUAGCAUAUCAAGGAAGGGCACGCGAAACGGCAAGGCCUACGAGGAGGAGAUCACCAUCGAUCGAGAACGCAAAGAGACUGAGACGCCAGGCCGUGAGCUCGAGCGAUACCCGGAUCGCAAGCGUUCAGUCAGCGUAAUCGACCGUCGCAGAUCACCUUCUCCGCGAAGACGAUACUACGACGACGAGAUGGCUGCAGAGGCUGAGUACUACAAUCGCAAGCUUGCUUCUCGAGCGUACCCUGGUGAAGCGUACAACGGCGCGACCAAAGACUGGGGUUUGGUAGACAUCCCGCCGGGUACUGAGAGAGUACGCAUGGAUGGCGUUGGUGGCGGUGCUCAAGAGCUGUACUGGGAUCGCUAUGCUGGCACGAGGAAGGGCCGUUUCAUCUCUGGCGACCGCAUCUACGAGGACGAGUAUGGCUCACCGAUCAAUGGCCAUCGCUCACCACCACCACUUCCACCAGCUGCGCCGCCUGCUCCAGCUCCUCCGCGUGAAUCUCGCGAGACGAAGGAAGAAAUCAAGAUCACUCAUACACAUACCAACGAGGAGCGUCCGCGCGAGCGAAAGCGUGACAAGAUGUGGACGGAAGUCACGAAAGAUCUGGUCAUCAAAGAAGCCAUCGAGGAGAUGGGCUACGAUUACGAAGAGACUGACGAGCACUUUUACGUGAUCGAGUAUCUGAAAUAUGAAGACGUACUUCGACUGGUUGAGAUCUCCGAGGAGAUCAAAAAAGAGCGUCGAGACCGCAUCCUCGAAAUCCAGUGGGAGCGCGAGGAGCGCGAACGCCGACCUAAGAUGUUGCCAGCGCCACCACCGAUUCCCGCCCCACCACGAUCGAAGUACGACGAGGUCAUCUACGAGCGCGAGUACAUAUAUGACAGAGACGGACGCAGAUACCGCCGCUAA